AGAACCCAGUUCCAGACUUCCAGAGUAGUUCCAGGUCAGUUCAGUCCAGUCUGUCUCUCUCUCCCCCGGCGAUUCGAUGACGUCAUCAAACAUGAUUUACAACAACCUGGGCCGGUCGGGGCUGAAGGUGAGCCAGCUGUCGUACGGCGCGUGGGUGAGCUUCGGGAACCAGCUGGACGUGAAGGAGGCGAAGUCGCUGCUCCAGUGCUGCCGCGACCACGGCGUCAACUUCUUCGACAACGCGGAGGUCUACGCGAGCGGCCGGGCCGAGGAGAUCAUGGGCCAGGCCAUACGCGAGCUGGGCUGGAAGCGCUCCGACAUCGUCGUCUCCACCAAGAUCUUCUGGGGCGGGCCCGGCCCAAACGACAAGGGCCUCUCCCGGAAGCACGUCGUCGAGGGCACCAAGGCGUCCCUCAAGAGGCUCGAUAUGGAGUACGUGGACCUCAUCUACUGUCACCGGCCGGACUCCACCACGCCGAUCGAGGAGACGGUCAGGGCUAUGAAUUAUGUGAUUGAUAAGGGCUGGGCUUUUUAUUGGGGCACCAGUGAGUGGUCGGCCCAGCAGAUCACCGAGGCUUGGGGGAUUGCUGACAAGUUGGAUUUGGUUGGGCCGAUUGUGGAGCAGCCGGAGUAUAACUUGUUGUCCAGGCACAAGGUUGAGUCUGAGUUCCUCCCAUUAUACAGCAACUAUGGCCUGGGUCUUACCACCUGGAGCCCACUUGCUUCUGGUGUGCUCACCGGAAAAUAUAACAAGGGAAAUAUACCACCUGAUAGCCGAUUUGCAUUGGAGAACUACAAAAAUCUAGCCAGUAGGUCACUGGUUGAUGACGUGCUGAAGAAGGUUAAUGGUCUGAAGCCAAUUGCAGAUGAGUUAGGUGUGCCUCUAGCUCAACUUGCAAUUGCCUGGUGCGCUGCUAAUCCUAAUGUGUCAUCAGUUAUUACUGGUGCUACAAAGGAAUCCCAGAUCCAGGAGAACAUGAAAGCAAUUGAUGUGAUCCCUCUUUUAACUCCUACUGUGAUGGAGAAGAUUGAGAAUGUUGUUCAAAGCAGGCCGAAGCGUCCAGAAUCAUAUAGGUGAAGAACAGUAUAUUUAUGUGGUCUCCAUAUAUUUAUGCACAUUACACACAAGAUUUCGCUCUUCCAACAGACCGGAAAUGAAGCCUGCCUUGUUGUGCUGUUGGUUAGUUUGUCUUUUCUUUAUUCAUGUGAAUGCUUGGACAAUUCACUUGAUGUAAUUUGUAUGCUGUUUUCUAGCACCCCUCUGUGAUAUAAGAUGGGGGAGUUGUGUAUGUUAUCAGAGCUAUCAUUAUGUAUUGUGGAUCUUUACAUUGUUAUACGAUUCUUAUAUUUAAUUUUUUCGGCUUUUCAAUC